UUCAGUUAUCAUAAUGAGCUUCAUUCCAAACGGAAAACCUUCAAACGAAAAAAAGGGUCGAAGAAUUCUUGUUACUGGUGGAACUGGAUUUAUCGGUAGUCAUGUAGCAAAACGUUUACACGAUAGGGGAGAUUAUGUCCGUGUCGUCGAUUGUUUGUCAACAUCUGGUGCAACAAGCCUCUUUGGAGGUCAUGAAAAUUAUUGUUCAGAAUUUAUUAAGGGUAACUUGCUAAAUCCAUUAGUAUGUCGUCAGGCCGUAAAGGGAAUUCAAUGGGUUUUUCAUUUCGCUGCAAAUAUGGGUGGAAUGGGAACGAUCCAUGAGAAAAACAACUUUGUAAUUUAUAGUAAUAAUCAUUUAGUAUCAAUGAAUAUCAUACAAGCCUCCAUUGAGGCAGGGGUAGACCGAUUUUUUUACGCGUCUUCCGCGUGCAUUUACCCAAAUAAAAAACAGCUUGAUUCAUUUGAUCAGGAUCUAAAGCUAAGUGAAUCUAUUGCAUGGUGUAGCCAAGACGACGAGCCAGGUCCUGAUCCACAAGGCCUUUAUGGUCGCGAAAAACUAAAUAGUGAGACCUUGCUAUCCGAAUUCGUAAACAACGGGGAAUACUCAACAAAAAUAAGGAUUGCUCGUUAUCAUAAUAUAUUUGGAGAAGGUGGCGUUUGGGUCGGAGGAAAAGAAAAGGCUCCUUCUGCAUUGCUUCGUAAAGCUGUUUGCGCUGCUAUUGAUGGAAACUAUGAGAUGGAAAUCUGGGGUUCUGGUGAUCAGCGUCGUAGUUUUUUGUAUAUCGAAGACUGCGUUGAUGCUACCAUCAAAUUAAUGGAAAGCGAUUAUUCUAGACCGUUAAAUAUUGGAUCAGAAGAUGCAGUUACCAUAAAAGAAUUGGCUUAUAUUGCUUUUGAAACUGUUGGGAUUAAACGUGACCAGGUUAGACUAAUCACGGAUGAAACAAAACCCGUCGGUGUACAAAAUCGUAAUUCUGAUAAUACUUUGGUAAAAAAGAUACUGGGAUGGUCACCUAAAAUUUCAAUUCAGGAAGGCAUGAAAAGAACCUCUGUAUGGAUAAAAAGUGAAAUUGAGAAAGAGCUCAAAAAUUGUAGAAGCGAGUUGGCAAGAAAAAAUUUAAUAAAUAGUUACAGGAAAAGCGAAUUGAAAAUAUUACUUGAAGAAAUAAAAUUUGGAAUUCUACUUCCUAUUACGUCUCGUGGAUUGGAAAAUCGUGAGGAUUGCCUCAAUAAUCUAGUUGAUUUUGCCCGAAGUAUACAUGAGACGACACAAGCUGAUGUAAUAGGUAUGAAUGGUAUUAGAUUUUCUAUAAAGUUCUUUAUAGGAAUCGACAAGGACGAUACUCUAUUCCAUCCAAUCGAGAAUAAUCCCGCGGAACGAAUCCUUAAAGAACAUGGAUUAAUGGAUUUAGAAACGCGAGAGUUUAAUUUUCCUCCGAGUUCAAUCUGCCAAAUUUGGAAUGAUUUAGCAAAAGAUGCAUAUGACCAAGGGUGCGAAUAUUUGGUGCUAUUUGACGAUAGUAUCGUGCUGGAAACUACCAAUUGGAUGUCAAAAAUUUACAAUGAGUUCAUAAAAAUUUCAAACGAAAAGGACGUCCCAUGCGGUUUCGGAUGCGUCGCUUUCAAUGACAAAACAUUACCUGGAUUUCCUACUUUUCCCGUAAUUUCACGAAGUCAUAUUGAAAUAUUCAAUGGCAAGUCUUUCCCGACAAUAUUCACAAAUCAAGACUCUGAUGUUUUCUUUUUUGAAUUAUACCGUCGAUGGGAAUGCUCAAAAAUUAUGAACGCUGUAAAGCUUAUAAACAAGAGCGGUGGAGAUGGAAAGCCGCACUACAAAAAAAUUUCCCACGAUGGGAGCUUUUCAGCAUUAGACGAUGCUGUGUCAACAGUCGAAAAAUGGAUGCAAGAAGCACUCGAAAAUCCA